GUCGAUGAAGGUCAAGCAUUGACGUGUAAGCUGAAUGCGGACUGAGUGAAUCUCCACGGUUUCCUUGCUAGAUCUUUGCUUUUCUUCGUUUCUUGCUGUAUCAUCUGUCUCUCUCGUCUCGUCUCGUCGGCGGACUCGCUUUCAAUUUUGACUGAUCUCUCUCGCUCUUUUAUCUUGCCCGAGCACUUUUUACUGGCCUAGCGUCUUAUUUUAUGAUUGACUUCGGGUCUAUGUACUAUUAACUGACUUCGCGUCUUCCCCCCUAUUUUCGACUUCGCGUCUCCUAUUCCCUUCGCCUGUUAUUUGUGAUUUCGUAGAAAUCUAGAGAUCCUCAUCUUGCACUAGAGCACUGGCGCCGUCUCGGGUAUAUGCCGGACCGGCGCGUCGUCCGUGAAAUGUAAGACUUCUCUGCGCCCACCCCAGCUGGUGCGCUGGCCCUCUGGCCGAAGACUUUGAAAUUGAAAAAAUAAUAUGUGUUGUUGAAAUUAUAGAAAGUAUCUAGUACAGGAGAAGCGCUACUGUUUAUGUUUUGUUGGGAAGGAAAAAAUUGCAAGGUUCAUCUUAUCCAAUGGAACAAAGUCGAGUCCGCGAUGCCCAGCACUUUGCUGGAGUCGGUCGAGGCCCCUGCAGGAACGACAAUCUCAAUGUCGGCGUCGGGUCUUUUUUGGGUAUUGAAAAUUUGAUUUUAACUUUUUGGUAUGCGUAUGGAUUUAAGAGGGAGGUACUAUGUCGUCUUCUUAUAAGCGGAUGCAUGUGA